CCGGAGUCCGAGCGGACUUUAAGUCAUUCCUGCGAACCCAAGCGGACCUGAGGGAGGCCGUGAGCCAAGCUGACCCCGUGAAGCCGGCGACUCGCGAGCUCCCGCCGCCGCGGAAGGCUAUGGUAACCACGUGCCCUCCGUCCCAUACCAACAAUAAGCAGCUGCAACAGGACUUCUGGACCUCUUGGUCAAGGGACUACAUAGGACUAUUACAGGAACGCACAAAAUGGCGAAGUUCCAAGGGUCCAGCUCUUCGCGCGGGAACUGUGGUGCUGGUGCGCGAGCGGAGCCUGCCGCCCUGCCUGUGGAGGAUGGGCCGCAUCGUCGGCUGCUGCCCCGGCCGAGACGGCGUCGCACGUGUCGCCGAGAUCCAGACAGCAAGAGGAAUAAUUAAGCGAUCCUUUAAUAAUAUUUGCCCGCUUCCAAUCGACGCGACCGACGUAUAGUUAUAAGUACCUAACAUAACUAUUCCUAAAUACCUA